AUCUUCAAAAUUACUCAGCACAAAAUGCAGUAAUACUUCAUGUUACCUCCCUGUGCUGUGAACAUCUUCGUUUGAACAUCAUAAAUUGUAUCUGUGAUCAGCUGUGUUUCUCAUCGAAUCCAUUGGUUCAAAAGACACUGUGCAUACCGAGAACGAAGGUCUUUCAAGUGCCAUAAUUUCAACAAUUUUUUUAAAAUUGUUUGAAUCUCUAUAUAAGGUUAAAGAUACUUGAUCAAUAAUAUUUAUGGCCAAUUGUACUACAAAACUUGACACCAUGGCAGCAGAUAAACAUGAAACUGAGCUAAAAGUGAUCUCCUGGAAUGUCAAUGGAUUAAAACACACAAAACAAAAGAAUGACCAAAAGUUAAAAGAUUUAAAGAAAGUCUUUGGAGAUUUUGAUAUUGUUCUUCUGCAAGAAACCCACUUGGGUAAAAAAAAGGCAGAUAUUGAAGCUCUGACGAACUCAAUGAAGUCUAUGAACAUAAACAGUGAGUUUGAUUGUGAAGACAUAAUCUUAGAAGAUAAAACUCAUUCAGAACCUGGUGUCAAGCAGGGACCUGUCCUGUAUCAGACACAUUCUGAUUCACAGUCCAGAGGUGUUGCCAUUCUUGUCAAUAAAUCCCACAAUUGUCUAAAGGCAUAUAGUGAGGGUGGAGAUUUUGCCUGGGUUUACAUUGAUAUUGAUAAAAAGAAGUACACAUUUGUAAGUGUUUAUUACCAUUUAAAGGAACGUGAUCUCAUGUUGAGGAUUCACCAAAGCGUUCUAAGAAAGGAACCAAAAGCAUGGACAGAGAGCAUACUUGUAAUUGGAGGAGAUUUUAACACAACACUAGAUCCUGAACUCGACCUAGCUAAACCUAACAAAACACACGUUACACGAAGAAAUGAAAUUAAUGAAUUCAUCCAAGAUGUCAAGCUGGUAGAUGUCUGGAGAGAAAAAAAAAAAGAAAAAAAAGAAAAAAAAGAAGAAGAAGAAGAAAAAGAAGAAGAAGAAGAAGAAGAGGAGGAGGAGCAGGAGGAGGAGGAAGAGGAGGAAGAGGAGGAGGAGGAAGAAAAAGAAAGAAAAAACCAAUACACUUUCUCAUGUAAAGGUCCUAAAUCUAGACUAGACUAUGUGUUUAUGUUAAAGAGGGAUUAUAAAUAUGUUCUAAACUGUGUAAUACCUCAAGAAAAGAAACAAAAGGAAGAAAAGAAAGAAGAGAAUGAACAUGUAGAAAAGGAUGAAAAUGUACAACAGGAUGGACAGGAAGAACAGGGAGAAAAUAAAGAACACGACUGGUCCAAAAUUACUGAUCACUACCCUGUAUUGCUGACCACAAGAAUCAUAAAAAAUGUAUGAAAGUAAAGCUUUCCUGUAGCUCAGUGGUAAGAGCAUUGCGUUAACAAUGCAAGGUUGUGGGUUCGAUCCCAGAGGAUUGCAAAUACUAAGUAUUAAUGUAUAAAAUGUAUAGGAUAAAGCAAUGUAAGUUGCUUUGGAUAAAAGUGUCUGCCAAAUACCUAAAUGUAAAUGUAAUGUAAAAUGUUGAGGGCAGCUCAGAAUGGUGACUGGGACUGGGGCAUGUCAUUUAGACCUAAUCAAAAUAUUUUAGUUGUUUUUUUAGUUUUAGUUUACUUUUUCAGAUAAGAAUUUUAGUGUAUCUGUAAAAUCUCCACCACUGUCAGCCAAACCCCCUCCAUCAGCACCUUCUCCCAGAAUCACCAAUUCACUUUCCCCAGACUUUUGACUCUCACAAACUACAUUUCCCAUCAUCCUUUGUACUCGCCACCUGAUACUCAUCCCAUGGACACUAUAUGUACUCUUGCUUGUAUUUAGUUUGCGGUCAGAUCUGGUUGUAUUUUGUUACCAUUCUAGUUCCGACCCUUUGUUCUCUCGUGGUUUCCUGGUUUUUGCUGAUGUCGUUACUUUGUGGAUGUUUCCUGUUUACCGUGUGGAUCACCUUUCCCUUGUGGAAUAUACCUUUUUGCCUUGGAUUUUUAUUUAACCUUCAUCAUCACAAAGUCUUGUUGUGUCAUCGUCCUUCUGUCCUAUGUGUAGUGUUACAGUAUCCAUUUAAACUUAUUUUUCAGUUAAAUAUUAAGUAAUUACUUAAGAUUUAUUAAUGUUAAUAUUAAUAAAUAUUUUAGGCGGAUAUUCCAGUAGAUUUUCAAUAACAUACAUGUUUUAAUAGUUUUAGUAUAAGCCUUGUUGCUUUUAUUUUGUUGGACUAGAAAUUUAAUAUUGUGUGUAAAAUAAUCAAAAUAGUCUUGUAUGUUCCAAGAAAUGUCUUGAUUUUUUUAUUGUGUUGCAUUGUGGGACCAUAGUGCAAGGUGUCAGUCCUUUAAGGUUAAAAGUCCAUAAUGAAGUGUCUUCCUUUGUUUCAAAAUAAUUCCAUUGUGCUACCAAUAGAGGGCAGCCUUGCACUUAAAAGUUUUUAAAUUACUGGCUAUGGUUAUGAAUUAUGUUUGUGUUUUAAGUUCCAAUAAAACAAACAGUGUACACUU